UUUUCUUUUCCUAUUUCAAUUUUCGUUUCUCCAAUUUAUUCCUAGCAGCAAAGACUUCGAGGCCUUCAUCCUACUAGAAGCCUGCAUCAAACAAGAGCUUCACCUUUAAGAAAUGUCAUGAUGAAAAUGACACACACAAGCAACAGCAAUCUUCAGCAAGGAGUCCGAGGGAUACAUCCAACUCGAAACCAGAAUGAAAUGGGAUACUCAUCAUUAAGUAAUGUUGUGCAAGGACUCCAACGAAUUUCUCCUGCUCAAAGCCAGAUGAAAUUGACACUAGGCAACAAAACAAACCCAGCUGAGCUUCAGACAAGAAUGCAAGACAUUCCUUCAACUCAGAACCCGCUUGAAAUGGGAUCCUCAUCGCUAAGUAAUGUUAUGCAAGGACGCCAAGGAAAUUAUCCUACUCAAAACUGGCAUGAAGCAAGAUCCUCUUCGUCAAGUAAUAUUAUGCAAGGACUCCAAGCAGGAAUUUAUCCUACUCAUCAAAAUCAGCAGGGAAUUUAUCCUACUCAAAAUCAGACAAGAUCUUCUUCCUCAAGUAAUGUUAUGCAAGGACUCCAAGCAGGAAUUUAUCCUACUCAAAAUCAGCAAGGAAUUUAUCCUACUCAAAAUCAGCACGAAACAAGAUCUUCUUCCUCAAGUAAUGUUAUGCAAGGACUCCAAGGAAUUUAUCCUACUCAAAACCAGCAUGAAAUGGGACCCUCUUCGUCAAGUUAUGCUAUGCAAGGACAACUAGGCAUUUAUCCUAGCCAAAACCCGCAUGAACUGGGAGCCUCAUCGCGAAGCAAUGCUAUGAUGAGAAUGGAUUUAUCUGGCAACAAUCAACAACCUGCUGUGCCUCAAGUGGGUAGCUCUCUUUAUCCAGUGACCGCUCAAGGCAAUUAUGCCCCUUUGGGCUCACCAAGGUCUAAUGAACCCAUGGUUUAUGAUCCAAAGUUUGAGCAAUUGGGCUAUCCUGUUGAUCCCUUUAUCAGGAUGUAUCAAUUCAAGGGGUUUAAAAAGCCUUGAUUAUAAGGUAAUAACGCAUAGGAUUGGCGCUGAUAAAAUCCUGCUUGCUGCUAUAUUCUAUAUUUGAGCUGUUAAGAACUAAAUAACUCUAAGAACUUAAUUGCUGAGAUUUCAGUAAGCUUAGCUUUAAUAAUUUCCAAGUUGGAACUUGGUCAUGAACUUUGGAUUUGGUACUGUGAUGUUUGUUUGGAGAUUCGAUUUGGAUUUAGAACUUGAAGACAUGUUUAUUUAUUGUGGUUUCUUUUGCUGGAUUAUUAAUUAAG